UCUCUUCUCUCAAACGAUAGACUCUGAAACUUCUCUCAAAAUUGUUUUUUUUCUGAUCUCAACUCCAAGAAAGAAAACACAACAGAUAAAGAUUCGUCUGACUAUGGCUCUCGAAGCGAUGAAUUGUCCGACAAACUCUUCUUCCUUCACAGCACGUAAAGAAAGAAUCGAACCAACAACAGACGAUCUGAUCAACGACGCCGUUUUCAUGGAGCCGUGGCUGAAACGCAAACGCUCAAAACGCCAGCGUUCUCGCAGCCCUUCUUCCUCGCCGCCUCGUUCUCGCCCCAAAUCUCAAGAUCUCACGGAGGAAGAGUACCUCGCUCUCUGUCUCCUCAUGCUCGCGAAAGACCCCAAACCCCAGACGCGACCGCAAGAAUCCGCAACGCUGUCGCACAAUUGUAGCGUCUGCGGAAAAGCGUUUCCUUCUUACCAGGCCUUAGGCGGACACAAAGCCAGCCACCGAAUCAAACCUCCAACCGCCGCAGACGACUCAGCACCUCCGAGCAUCGCCGUCGCCAGAGGUUCCACCACCAUCGCACCGUCCGGGAAGAUCCACGAGUGUUCCAUCUGCCAUAAAGUGUUCCCCACGGGUCAAGCUCUCGGCGGCCACAAACGCUGCCACUACGAAGGAACCCUAGGCGGUGGCGGCGGAGGAAGCAAGUCGGUUAGCCAGAGUGGAAGCGUGACGAGUACGGUUUCUGAAGAACGAAGCAACAGAGGAGGAUUCAUUGACCUAAACCUCCCUGCGUUACCUGAGCUUAGCCUUCGAGUCGUCGACGAAGAGAUUCAAAGUCCUUUGACCGGUAAAAAACCGGUUUUGUCGACCAAUCAAGACCAAGUCAUCAAGAAAGAAGAUUUCUCUCUCAGAAUCUAAUACUUUUCCGUUAAACAAUUACAGUUGUUUUUUUUUUUUUGUUUCUUUAGUUUCUGGGAUUGGGGUAUAUUCAUAUAUGUUUAGGCGAUUUGUUACAGAUUUAAUUGAUGGAUUGAUUAAAAACCAGAAUUUUCGUUUUUUUUUUUCUCUCUAAUUUGUUGUUAAUUAGCUGCGAAUCUCUUGAGUCCACUCUGUGAAAUGAAUGACACGUGGCGUUGUUUAUGUGAACGCAUAGAAUAAAUAGUUGGGGGGAACGAACGAGAAUCCUUCCAUGUGGAUUCGUUGCCUUGAUUAGCAUUUACCACAUGAUUAUUAAUUUGGUUCAUAUAUAACUAAUUAUACUGUAUUUUUUUUUAGUUUUGUUUACUGGCCACUAAAACUAUAGUGUAUACACCUAGCUCUUUUUCUUUAUUCGUAUCAAUCGUUAUUAAUUGCA